GGCGGACCUAACGGCAGCGCGAGAGCGGCUACACGCUUCUGUGUUCUCCCGGCCUGGACGCGCAGGCUGAGAAGGAGGCACCAUGGCGAUGCCCCAGCCUCGAUGCGUCACCCACCUCAUCUUUGACAUGGACGGGCUACUUCUGGACACGGAGCGACUGUACUCGGUGGUGUUUCAGGAGCUGUGCGGCCGCUACGGGAAGACAUACAGCUGGGAGGUCAAGUCCCUUGUGAUGGGGAAGACGGCUCCAGAAGCUGCGCAGAUCAUCAUCGACACCCUGCAGCUGCCCAUGUCCAAGGAGGAACUGGUAGAGGAGAGCCAGGCCAAGCUGGCAGAUCUGUUUCCCACAGCUGCCCUCAUGCCAGGGGCUGAGAAGCUGAUCAAGCACCUCCGAAAGCACAGCAUCCCCUUUGGCCUGGCCACCAGCUCAGGCUCUAUGUCCUUUGAAAUGAAGACCAGCAGGCACAAAGAGUUCUUUGGGUUAUUCAACCACAUCGUGCUGGGAGAUGAUCCCGAGGUCAAGAGCGGGAAGCCGUCCCCAGACAUAUUCCUCUCCUGUGCACGGAGGUUCGAUCCCGCUCCUGCCCCAGACAUGUGCCUCGUCUUUGAAGAUGCCCCCAAUGGAGUGGAGGCAGCUCUGGCAGCUGGGAUGCAGGUUGUCAUGGUUCCUGAUGAAAACCUGAGUAGAGACUUAACAAGAAAGGCCACCGUGGUGCUGAGUUCCCUGGAGGAUUUCCAGCCUGAGCUGUUUGGUCUGCCUGCCUACGAGUGACAGGAGGCAGCCAUGGGGUGCUGCCAUGGGUCAUGUGGCAUCCCUGGGGGAACACAUGGUCCCUCGGGGCCACAUGGCAUCCUUGGAGGGGGCCAAGUUCAGGGUCCAUGCCACUGAGGAGAAAGGGGAAGGCAAUGCA